AUGGAGAGCUCGUCGCCUUCGGUGCCGUUCCCGCUGCUGCAGGCGCCAGUGGAGAGCACGUACCGUGCCUGCACCAUACCCUACCGCUUCCCCUCCGACAACCCCCGCAAGGCCACCCCCGUCGAGAUCCAGUGGAUCGACCUCUUCCUGAAGUCCGUGCCAUCCUUCAGGCAGCGGGCGGAGAAUGACCCCACGGUGCCGGAUGCCCCCGCCAAGGCCGAGAAGUUUGCUCAGAGGUACACUGAUAUGCUUGAGGAGUUGAAGAAGAACCCAGAGAGCCAUGGAGGACCUCCUGAUUGCAUACUUCUUUGUAGGCUUCGUGAGCUAAUCCUUAGAGAAUUGGGGUUUCAUGACAUCUUCAAGAAGGUUAAGGACGAGGAGAACGCUAAGGCUAUGUCACUGUUUGAGGGAGUUGUUCAGCGGAAUGAUGAAAUAGAAGAUGGUGAGAAACGAGCAGAGAACUUGAUCCGUGGAAUCUUAGCAGGAAACAUAUUUGACUUAGGGUCUGCACAGCUUGCAGAAGUUUUUGCUAAAGAUGGUAUGUCCUUCUUGGCGAGUUGCCAGAAUCUUUUAUCUCGACCUUGGGUUAUUGAUGACCUAGAUGCAUUUAAAAGCAAAUGGACAAAGAAAUCUUGGGAAAAGGCAGUUAUUUUUGUUGAUAAUUCUGGUGCUGAUAUCAUAUUGGGCAUAUUACCAUUUGCGAGGGAGUUGCUCCGACGUGGCACUAAGGUGAUACUUGCUGCCAAUGACAUGCCUUCCAUCAAUGAUAUCACUUACCUAGAGUUGGUUGAGAUUGUAAACAAGCUCAAGGACGAAAAUGGAAAGCUUGCUGGUGUGGAUGUAUCUGACCUCAUUGUUGCCAACUCCGGGAACGAUCUGCCAGUAAUAGAUUUGUCUAGCGUCGCACCGGAACUAGCCUAUAUGGCAAGCGAUGCUGACUUGGUCAUCCUAGAAGGCAUGGGAAGAGGAAUCGAAACCAACCUAUACGCACAAAUGAAAUGUGACUCGAUCAAGAUUGGAAUGGUCAAGCAUCCUGAAGUGGCGCAGUUUUUGGGUGGAAGGCUUUACGAUUGCGUCUUCAAGUUCAACGAGGCCUGA